AUGCCUACCUUUACCCCCGCAGAAAUUGCCUUCUCCGUCGUCACCCGACUCGGCUACUGGAAGGUGGCCCUUGAGGAAAUCAAGGACAUGUACCCGCCUCUCCGCCUCAACGCGCCUCGCCGCCCACCCACCUAUCUCCCUCCGCUCCUGCCCGUCCGGGAGACAAUGGACGACGUCUACCGACUUCAGUCGGCCUGCCAACAAAGCCUUUUGUUCCUCCGCGAUAACGCGAUUAGUGCAGAAGAUAUGCUGGUGCUCCGAGUCAUCCAUUGGCUCGUCAGAGCUGAGCGAGAUGAGACCACCCGUAUCCAGCGAACGAUCUGGUUUCUCGACCCCGAACACUUCCGUCGUGAGAUCCGAGAAGGACACUGGCAUAUUGUCAAUAAUGAGGUUGUCAUGGGCCCCGAUCCUCGUGCCAAUGCUGGUGCCGAUGCUGGCGGUAAUGCUGGCAGAAACUGA